UCAAGACAAUAUUGCUAGCAGUCAGUUCCUCUUCAAGAUCCAAACGCGCUUAUACGGACUUCGAUUUCGAACAACCUGAUAAUGUUUCGUUACACGCUGGUUGCUGCCGUCAUCACCUUGAUCAAUGUGUUGGAGUGGACUAAUGGCGUCGCCCUCGACGGCACAUGUACCACUGCGCCAGAUUGUACAGGUACCAAUCCAAACUCGGACUGCACUGGGGCUGAUGGAUCGAAAACUUGUAAAUGCGCCACUGGCUACACCAAACAAGGAACGGCGUGCAAAGCAAACCUAGGCACAGUCUGUACAGCGACAGGUGAUUGCGACACGACAACAAAUCCGAAGUCAGAAUGUACUGGAACACCCAAAACCUGUACAUGCGCCACAGGCUACACAAAGCAAGAAACGUUGUGCAAAGCCGACCUAACCAGUGAAUGUACGACGACCGCUGACUGCGACACGGUAACAAAUCCGAAAUCAGAAUGUACUGGAACACCCAAAACAUGUACAUGCGCGACUGGCUACACAAAGCAAGAGAAGUUGUGCAAAGCAAACCUAGGAAUAGCCUGCACGGCAAGCACUGAUUGCGACACGGUAACUACAACUGAUGCUGUAUGCGACCUGAAUGCUGCUUCCAAGAUUUGCGCAGUUGGGGUGGACGGUGAUUGUAGUGGAACCAAGAGUUCAAUGUGUCCCACAUCUGCUACCUGCGAAACCAACAAGUGCGAAUGCACCACGGGCUACACUGCCACAACAACCAAACUAUGCAGCAAGUCUGGAGCUGACGUUUUGGUGAACUCGAUGUCGGUGCUCGUGAUGUUGACCGGUCUAAUUGUGGCGAAGAUCUUCUAAAACUGAAUGAUGUACCACACGUGUGUGUUUUCAUUCAAUCCUAACCGUUGCGUUGUGGUACAGAUUGUUUUACCGAGACAAUUAUUUAAGGUUGAGAACAUUCCUUUGAGGAACAGUCUCCCUUGUUAUGUUGGUUUGUUUAUGUUCACAUAUAUGUGUGUGUUGUUUAAACAGUUGCAUUAUCAAUUCCUCUUUGUUUUGGAGUAUACAUUUUUGUUAUAAACCUGUAAAUUAAAUUCAAAUAAACAUGUAUGAACGAACACAUUUCAGAAAUUGAUCGCGAUCGUGUUAAUAUUGACGAAUACAGUUAUUGACAAAUCUGUUUUUAGUAAAAGCCUUACAAGUGAUUGAAAUAAAUAUAGUUAUAUGCUCCAAAAUAAUCGAUUUGAAAACUCGCUUAUAUCUAUAGUAUUUGAACUUCAAAUGUUUAUUGUUUUGUACCAAUAAAAACGCUGGACUCGAA